CUGCGCAACUCAAGCUAGCAGCCUGACCCUUGACUGAAAGUGGUGGGGUAAUAAGUUAGAUCGACGUAAGCGUCCAAGAUUUAAAGUCGUUCAUUUAUUUACUAGCACAAGUGACUAACUUAGGAUGAUUUCACGAAAAUAUAUGUUGAUGUCGCUGGUUUGCACCAAUCCAUGUCUUGUCUUUCACAUCACAAGCUGGUCAACAGUGUGCCAUGUAGCCUGUUAGUUACUUGGUAACGUCUCCUGAGGAAACAGUUCAUCAAUUGCAGAUGCAACUACCUGGGAUCUAGCUAGUUCAUGGACAUGGAUCAUGAUGAGGUCCCUUCAGAGUUGGAUCAGAUCGCGUUGCGUUUGCAGGAGGGCGGCCUGGCUCCCUCAGCAAGUGCAGAAGAUUGCCAGCGGCACCUGUGGCGUCAGCUCCUGCAGUGCGAGGGCGACCUGCACACUGCCUCCCUGGAGCUGCACUCACUGCGUAUACAGCAGGACACCGAGAUGAAGGAGGUGGAGAACUAUGUGGAGCACAUCCGUGGUCUACUGGAGGAGCGCGAGGCUCUGACAGCUGACUAUGAACGGGACAACCAGCAACUCCGAACAGACCUCCAGAAGAUCCAGCUACAGCAAGACUCCCAAAGGAAAGAAGUAGUGGAGAUGCUAGCCCAAGAGGGCUUGGGUGAAAUAUGCCUCAGUAGCCCCAGUGAACAGGUGGCUUACCUGCUUGUGGAGAGGGCCACUUUGCUGGAGAGACUAGAAGCUGCAGAGAGGCAGCUGGACACGCAAAGCCUUACAGGAAACCUCAGGGAGGUCCAGCUUCAGGAAGAGCUUGAUCUUAUUCGUCACACUAUGGAGGAAGAGUUAAAACAGCAGAAAAAGUAUGAAAACAUGAUUCAGGAUCACCAGUCUCCAGCUCAGAGACACUGGAAGAAGCUUUUUGGCCUACGCAAGUCCUCACAGAGCACACACAGUGGUGCCCCUGUCAAUAACGAGGAGGUAUCCCGGGAGCGCUCCAAGCACCAGCGGCUGGAGAGGGAUCUGGAGGAGGCAUCUCAAAGGCUUGACAUGGCCCACGAGGACAUCCGCAGGCUGAAAGACGAGCUGGAAACUGCUAAGAAGACACAGGACAUGUGUGAUAUGAUGGAGAUAAAAAAAGUGAAGGAGCACAAUGAGAGACUGGAGGGUGAAAUCCAGGUUCUGAGAGAACGAGUACGCUCCCUGGACUCUGAGAAGAAAACCCUCUUACAAAUGGGAGAUGGCGACAGCAAUGAGGACCCUAAAGGCCUGCCUACACAGUUGUUGACCUCAUCGAAACUUGACGAACAGGAGCAGAUUCAUAAAAGGUGUCACGAGGCCUUAGAGGAUGUGAGCUGCCAGCUGCGGGAGUCGCAGCGGCGCAUGCAGAGGCUACAGCGGGAACAGGAGGACCUGGUGGAGAGGAACGAGGAGUUAGAGGCACUGCUGGGAGAGGCCCAGAAUGCCAGCAAGGAGGAGUCCCAGCGCCACGAGGGAGAACUCGAAGGACUCCACCGCAAGAUAAAAAGCUUAGAAGCAGAGCAGAAAAAGAUAAAUGACCAGGAGCAGGCACAGAAGGAUGGAGCUGUUGUUGGCAGAGAAUCAGAGACAUGCUUACAUCAGUUGAAGGGCAGCAGUCAGGAAAGGAUGGCUCUCCUGGAGGCUCGUCUGACCCAGGAGAAGGAUUGGAGGAAACAACUGGAGGGGGACCUCAGGACGGCCCACAUUGCACUUAAAAAGGACAAAGAGUCAUUGCAGAGAGAUGAGAGGGAGCUGCGGAAACUGCGACUGGAGUUGCAGGGCCUGCAAACUGAAUGCCAACAAGGGAAAACGCUUAUCAAGAGCCUAACCCAAGUAAAAACUGAAAAGGGAAUUUUGGAAGAGAAAGUGGCCCAGUUGGAGCGCGCUCAGAGCAGACACCAAUGUAACCGGGAGUGCCAGACCGAGAGCUGCCGAAACCAAGAGGGCCUUAAGCAGAGCCGGGAGCAGGUGGGGAAAUUGGAAGCCAAAGUGGAGCGUCUCACUUCAGAGCUCUCCAGGUUGGAGAAAGACAAUAGCACAUUGAGGGAUGAGCUGGUGCAGGAGAAAAGGCAAGCCACAGACCUCCAGAACCAGCUGACUGCCAGGGAGAAGUGGGCAGCUAAAGGAGAGGAGAGACUGGGCAUGGAACCGCUCCAUUUCAAUGAACAAUUCCAACUGUCUAGCCAGUCCCGGCUGGAGGCUGCAGGGCACAACCGGCCUGGACGGGGCACCCCGGAUCCAGACUACAACCUCCCCCUAGCAGAAAGGCUUAAAGAUGAAGGCCUCAAUCAGGUGGCGUCACUGAAGUAUGAGCUAAGUAAUCUGCAUGCCAACCAGGUAGAGGAGCGGCAGCUGUCCACUCAGCAACAGCUGGCCCUACAGGCCCAGGUCAACGAGGCCAAGGCAUUCAUCAAGUCCCAGGAAUCACUGCUUGGACAGAAGUCGGAGGAGAACAAGCAGCUGAAGCAGGACCUCCAGAGAGCACAAAGUCUGUUCACCUCGGCAGAGAGGGAGCUACGCUAUGAGAGAGAGAAGAACCUGGAUCUGAAGAGACACAACACCCUACUGGACCAGGAGAAAAUCAAGGUGUGUGCGGAGCUGAAGCAGGCCCAGACGAAGCUGUCCCAGGCAGAGCAGAAUGGUUCGGUGCAGGCUGCGGAGACUGAGCGGCUGCAGCACAGGAUCCGAGACCUGGAACUGGAGCUGGCCCGCAGCGGGCAGAGCCAGAACACCAACGCCAGCCUGCAGGAGGAGCUCCAAGCCGAGAGAGCUCGUGUAAUUGCCGCAGACAAGAAGGUUUUGGAUCUGCAGCAGCAGCUGAAGAGUGUCCAGCACCAGCUUCAUCUGGAGGAAGCACGCGCUGGGGAGACCAGUCGGCUAGAGAGGGACAACAAGGACAUGUCCGACAUAAUUUCCUCUCUCCGUGCCAAACAGCAGGAAGACCAACUGCAAAGGACGUUGUUGGAGCAGAGGGAGGAGGAGCUCCAACAUCAGGUCCGCUGUCUUAGGAGUAAGGAGGUGUCGCUAGGACGCAGCAACUCGGAACUCGGCCACCGUGCGCAGCAGAUGGAGACCCGCCUGGCCGUGUUGGAGGCAGAGCAGAGCAGACUCACUGAGGAGAUUGACAGUUUGGCUUGGUGCAUGUGGACUGGUCAUCAGCACAGACAUAGCCAGAGGAAAUGUCUUGGGUUGGAAGAGGAGCUGCUGUCCAGUAAACAGGAGAGCGACCGGCUACAGGAGGAGCUGCAGCAGGUCAUCACACAGCUGGACACAUACAUCAGGAAGUACAACGACAAACAAUCACAGCACAAGACCAAGCUGAGGAAGGCCAAGCAGAUCUUCCUGAAGGCAACGGCCCAUAGAGACCGCACCAUCCAGAAACUGGAGAACGACCUGACCCUUGCUUCCAGUCUCUCCCACAAGGAGAAAGACUGGAUCCGCACAGUUAUGGAGGAGAAUGAGAAAUUGCUGGUAGAGAAGAGAGAGCUUCUGAAGCAGAUGAGCGAGGCUGAGGAGAUGGGGAGCAACAGCCUAAGAACAGCCUUCACUGUUCAGCACAGGGUCAACUUUCUGGAGGUGGAAAACCGACAACUUCAGGAAAGAACCCUUAAGCUGGCCAGUCAAGUGGGAAUGCUGGAGCGGGCUCUAAGGAACGUCCAGUCACAAUCACCAUGCAACCUAGAGGAUUUAAAAAAAUUGUUUCCUUCCGAAACUCUUGCGAACGACAGUGUCCUUCAAACACCAACAUUAAGUCUUAAGUCUGGUGUGUGUGACCCUCUUGGCAUCCUCAAUGCCAUUUGCCGGGUAAAAGUGGGCGAACACGUGGAUGGCAUCCAGACGUCGUCCUCCACUGCCGAGUCCCAAUCCUUUGAACUGAGCUACCUGAACCUCACCUCUCCUGUAGCUCCCUCUGACACCAAAGAUCCAGAUGAGGCUAGUGACCUGUGUGGGGAGUACCCAGGUAUGAGGAAUGGGUUAAAGGGUGGUACCCUGUAAUGCAAAAUGGCCACUCCACUGACCACAAGAGGAUCUGUUAUUAUUGGUCUAGUCUUCAUUACCAGUCUCUGAAUAGGCCUAGACAACAAGGCUAUUGUUACAGUCUGGUCGUGUCUGAGUGGUAAACCUGAGUGGUUAUUUUAAAAGACAAACAUUUACUAAUGUACUUGUUGAAAUGUAAUCUUUUAUUUUUUUCUACUGUAAUGACUUCCGGGUCUUUUCUGUUUUGUCUGUGGAACCUAGUUUUGAAUUGUCAAAUAAUAGCACUAUAAAAUGAAUGGUUUUGUAUUCAACGGAAAAACAAGAACAUUCUUUUUGUUUGAAUGGUUCUGGUGUCACAAAGGUUUUGCAUGUCAAAUGGACAAUAAUGACAUUAGUGACACAGCUAGGGAUGGGAGGUAUCUAUUAUAUAUUCUUUUGUCACCUCGUCCGUGUCCCAUCCCAAGAUUUACAGUAUUACGCACACAAAAAAAAGUAGUAAUUUAUGGAAAUGCUUACAAUAUUAGCUUAGCUACUCCAGAUUUCUUUAUAGACGCUCUUAGCUAAUAAUGCAAUUAAACAGACUAAUUGCAAAGUCAGGCAAUCCAGCAUUAAGUAAUAGAUAGUAGCUAGCUACCAACAGUUAGUUUUGGUGAGUUUGGACAUUUUAGAAGCAAAAGAGAAUGAGAGAAAUUGAACAAAUUUACAUGAAGAUUAAGUACCUACAAUAGUUGUCUGUGAGUGUGUACAGACCUGAGUGAGUGGACAGCAGGUAUACAGGUGAGAAAUAGAUGUACACUGUGUGUCAAAUACAGCAGAAAGUUAGCACUAUGACGCCCUGACUUGUUCAGUCACUUACUUGGCUAACUAAAAAGUUACAUUAAAUUCAAAACAGUUUGCUUUGUGACCUGACAUACUGAAAAGGUGACUGCUGGUAUUUACUUGAAAAGCAGCAAAGAAUAUAAAAAUGUAUAAAAGAAAACGUAAUAGAAAAAUUAACAAAAUUUUUAACAAGGUAUGGAAAACGUUACUGUUGCUAUUAAUCAAAAUGGCCCAGGGAUAUGUUAUAUAUGAUCGCCAAGCCUCACCAAUCUCUCUGAUGUUAAAGAAUGUACUAUAAUGACAUUGUACUGGAAUAUAACAACUACACAUGUGUCUGGUUUCAAAUAAUGUAAGAUUGAAUCAUAGUUAUGAAAUUGCUUCUUUGAAAUGAUCACUUAAACAUUUGAGUUGGUUGACAAUGAGGAAUGUGGCAGUGAACUGGUAGCUUUAGGAUGUGACCAUUGUUUGCUUUUAUUUUCUGUGAAAAAUAAGCCAUUGGGAUUGUAAUAUGUUUAUUAAAAUGUCUAGGACUAAGCCUUAAUGUGGGACAAGUUUACAAAUGUUUUCUAUUGAGUAGAACAUAUUGUGUCUGUAAUGUAGGUGAGAAUGUUAGUUACAACUGUAUGUUGUAUGAAAUGCUGCAUAUACAGUCACCUCCAAAAUGACGGUAGCCUUGAUGAACAUGAGCAAAAAGGUACACAAGUAAAAAGCUAUAUUAUGCUCAAAUUUACAACUUCAGAGAGAACCUUUAACAUGCCUAUUUCAGAAUGAUAGGCAUCAAAAUAAUUGGCACCCCUAAAGAUUCUUCAUUUAUAUAUUUUUAUAUUCUUUAGACUAAGUACAUUUUAGUCUUAAAGGAGCCAUUUGUAAGCUUUCCACAAAACAAACACAUAAAAAUGCAAAUUGUAUUAUAAAGGGUAUUGUGGGAAGAUGGUAACUGAAAUGGAGAACUUCACAAAUAUUUUGUCAGCGUAUUCACGCUAAUAGAUUCACCGUCUUACUAA